UAGUCAUUCUGAAUGUGUACCUUUCACCUUCGUGUCCGGACUUUAUUCUGCUCGUGUGUUAGUCCGGCUGACGCGACUUCAAAGCUCUCCGAGCGAUCCUGAGCUCGCAGCAGCCCUCGUGUUGCGUCACGCUUAGGAUGGGCGGGUCCAGGCUAGGAUUUACUGAGAGCAGGAACAGACUGACUCCGGGGUGUGGUCACCAGGGUGGCUUUGAUCAAAACGGCCAUUCAUGAAGAAGUUUCUUUAUGGAUUUGGUCAGUAUUAAUUAUCUGACAUCAUCAUCAUCUGGCACAUGGUGUGAGUCAGAAGGACACUGUGAACUUCUCCCUGUGCAGGUAAAACCAGUGGUCAGGAAUGGAAACUCCAGCAUUGCCACAUGAGGUAAUUUCUCACAUUCUGAGCUUUCUUCAUUCGUCAGACCGAAAAGAAGCCUCGCUGGUCUGCAGGAGCUGGUACAAAGCAAGCCAAGAUCAUCAGUUUCAGAAAAAUGUCACAUUCAGGUUCCCGGUGUGUCCAUCUUCGUUACGGUUUAUCCGUGGUCUCGCUUGCCGGCCUCGGUGCAGUCUGAUCAUCAGCCACGUGGAUGACUCCAGCCUGUCACGUCAAGUGCUGGAGGAGGUCCGAGUUCACCUCGGGGCUCAGCUCGAGGGUCUGGUGCUGCUCCGGAGCAGUAUGAUGGAGUUGUCCCUCCUGAAACUGCUGCCGUGCCUGACUGGCCUGCGCAAGCUCAACCUCAACGGCCUUGACAGUCUCUUCAUGUCAGGAGCCUUCCUGAGUCGUGAGGAGCAUCGACAGCAGGUUCGUUUUGCACUGAAGAACCUGGAAGAGUUGGACCUAUCUGACCUGCGCUACCUCUCUGACCUCACCUUUAACCGGCUCACAGGCUGCACUCUGAGACUCCGGCGUCUCGCGCUGGCUGGCUGUCACAUCGCUUUCGAGUUUGACCCGUACCUGGGCUGCGCGGUGGGCUCGGGUUCGUCAGCCAUACUGUCGCUGAGGAACCUGCUCCAGCUCCUCCAGGAUCAGAGCUCCACACUGUGCAGCCUGGACCUCAGCCGCACCUCUAUCACCCCUGAGUCUCUGCGCUUGCUGGCCCGCGUCCCCGGCCUCCGCCUGGAGGAGUUGAGCCUGUCCGGCUGUAAGGGGCUCACCGAUUCCUCCAUCAAGCAGCUCUGCAAGCACCAAAGAGGCCUCCAGAAGCUGGACUUGAGCGGCUGCACGGAAUUGACAAGCCGCAGCGUGCUGGCCGUGGCUGCCGAGCUCAAAUGGCUCCAGAGUCUCUCGCUGUCCCGCGUCUGGAGGAUGACGGAGAAAGGGCUGGCGGAUUUAAUGGCGCUGCCCGCUCUGAGUUCACUGGACCUGGCUGAAUGUGUUAACGUGAGUGGAGCAGAGCUGGAGAAGGGCCUGUCGUCCCCACAGCCCAGAGCUCAGCUGGAGAAACUCAGCCUCAGGAACUGCACCUACCUCCAGGACGUUUGCUUGCUUGCUCGGUUGUUGACGUUCAGUCUGAAAGAGCUGGAUCUGACCUCCUGCAUUGUCCUCACAGACUCCAGUGUCCACGCCAUCGCGUCCUACCUGCCCGGGCUGCGGGUGCUGCGUCUUGGCUGGUGUAAGCUGAUUACAGACUGGGGGCUGCUCGGGAUGGAGGAGCCCAGUGAUGGCAAAGAGCCCAGCAAGCAUACGGAGGAUGAAGGGCCGCGCUUUACCCGCACUUUUGGGAACAUGGGCUUCUUUCGGCCUCCUAAAAUGCCGUUCGAUGAGAAACCACGUCUGGUCACCUUCAGGGAACGAGAAGGAACCUCACUGCGGGCGAUCAAAGAUCUACAGGAACUCGACCUGACCGGCUGCUCCAAACUGACCGACGCCAGCAUAACACAGGUGCUCCGUUUCCCCGUGCUCCAGCGCCUCUCUCUCGCCAUGCUGCCGGAGAUCAGUGAUGAGGGCGUGGCAUCUGUAGCCCUUCACUGCCGCUGCUUGACCAGCCUGGCGCUGAGCGGCUGUUCCCGGCUCACAGACGAGGGUCUGGCUCACGCUCUGCCUCACCUGCGCAGACUGCAGCACCUGCAGCUCGCCGACUGCGACGGCAUCACAGACAGGUCCCUGAGCCUUAUAGUCCAGCACUGUAAGAGACUGAGGACGCUGGACAUCUCCAAGUGCCGAGAUAUCACCGGAACGAAGAUGGACUUCCUGCGAUCACAUCUGCCCUUUCUGGAACGUGUACAAUAUCGGUUUGCAGACGUAAACCUCGCACUUUGAUUACGCACAACGUACGUUAUAAACUUGGGAUGGUACUCGACGAGGCAUUUUCACUCACGGACGCCACGUUGUUAGUCUGCAGGCAUGUGAACAACUAAAACACGGACCAACAAACCAUCACUUAUUUUCCCCCCUCACUUGUACGCUGAACCCUUCGCGUUUCUGAUAUCUAGUUCUGAUACACGAGCAGUCGGACGAUACGAUGUUCGAAAAAUAACCCGUAACACUUUCUAUGAAGGUCAUGGCUAUAAUGAACUAUGAGCGAAUUCACGUUAUAAAGCCUCGAUAAGGUAUUCUACACACUGAUUUAUUAACUCCUUAACUGAGUGCGAGGUCUUUAUGGGGAAAAGAUCAGACCGGGGUCAUGAUGGUACGGACUGAGCCUAAGGCAUGCACACGGCUUCCUUUAAUGUUCAUUUGUACUCUACAAUGGAUCUGAUAUUUUUAGAAACUUUUGGUUCAAAUUACAGCACUGUUUAUGAAAAUAAAUAAAAAUCAAGAAUUUUUAAACGGCACUAGAUCAUGUUAUCUUGGUGAGGACUCUGGCAAAAGCUUCGUUUCUGAAAAGUAUUUUGGCGGAUAUCGUUAUUGGACUGGGUGGCACGGUGGUGUAGUGGUUAGCACUGUCGGCUCACAGCAAGAAGGUCCGGGUUCGAGCCCCGUGGCCGGCGAGGGCCUUUCUGUGCGGGGUUUGCAUGUUCUCCCCGUGUCUGCGUGGGUUUCCUCCGGGUGCUCCGGUUUCCCCCACAGUCCAAAGACAUGCAGGUUAGGUUAACGGGUGACUCUAAAUUGAGCGUAGGUGUGAAUGUGAGUGUGAAUGGUUGUCUGUGUCUAUGUGUCGGCCCUGUGAUGACCUGGCGACUUGUCCAGGGUGUACCCCGCCUUUCGCCCGUAGUCAGCUGGGAUAGGCUCCAGCUCGCCUGCGACCCUGUAGAAGGAUAAAGCGGCUACAGAUAAUGAGAUGAGAUCAUUAUUGGACUUUUUUUAAGCGGUUUUAAAAAUCCUGUAUCAGUCGGCUUUUAAUUCAUUAUAGACGUGGCCUUGGUAGAAAGUGUUAGCAAAAGGCUAUUAAUUUACUUUACACGUCAUGUUUAAACGUUUCUCCAAAGAGUUUACCUUCUUUCUUCUUUGCACAAACUCUAAAACCGGUAAAAUAUGUAUAUAAUAGUACCUUAAUGCCAUCAACAGAUUUUUUUUUUUUUUUUCCAUUUUAAAGCGAGACGGCCUUUCAAGUUCAUAAAGUCUGAAAUGUGGUCAUUGUGAUAUAUGUUUAUUUAUUUCUGUAAUAUCUCACAAAAUAUCAGGCCGUUCUGUUCUGUGGCUGGGAAGUUAUUUAAUUUGAGGGGAUUAAAGCAAAUAAUGUGCAUGAAAUCACUCGCUUCGCGCAGUCAAGCAGACAGAGGAAGUCCGUGUUUGUGUGUGCGCGCAUGCACAGGUUUCCCUUUGAGCGUGCACUGACAGUUCCAUCAUUCUGUCGCUAAACGAACAGCUCGUCACACCGAGGUGCUCACUGAGCGCCGAUAUUUAUUAGUUUGGUCCUGUUUCCUUUUCUUCUUGCUUUCUUUCCGUUACUGUAGUCGCUCUUUCACGUUUCAUUCGCACACUCGCGUCCUCCAUUUUUCUCUCCUGUUUCAAAUUUGUAUCCCACAAUGCCUUGCGUGAACGGGGAAAGCCCGCCACAUGAUGUGAUGCAUAAUGUAGUAUCUUGUAUAGGGUCAUGGUGAAGCAGGAAAAAAUAGCGGAGAAUUUAGAGCCAUUUGACCCUAAAUUCAUUAAAUUGUUCUAUUUAAUAAUAAUAAUAAUAAUAAAAAAAAACCUAAUAAAAUUGCAAGUCUGUGGUUCGAAUUCAGUAGCUUUCGGUCCACUAAACAAAAAUAAUUGGGUAAAUUAUUUUACGACCACCACUUAAAAUCUGAAAGGCAGUCUACUUUUAAACAUCACAUUUCAAAUAAUACACCGGCUAUAAGGGCUGUUUCUAAAUUUUAAUGAUUAAGAAUUUUAUACAAAAUCUCCAGUCUUCACAUGCUAUACUGUAAAGUACGUCCUCCAAAAAAACUACACAGGACUUUUGUUUUAUGAGGACAGCAAAUUGUUCAAACACAAGCAUUUUGCUUUUUAUUAUUAUUUUUAAAUUAAAUCAGAUGCAGAUUUCUGUUUGGUGGUGAAAUGUGGAUGCAGCAUGGGGAAAGAUCAUCAUCGGUACCAAGUGUUUUACUUACUUUUAUUUUGAAAAACCACAGCGUGUUGUAUCAGGGAUUUAUAUUUAUGUAUUUUAUUAUUACAAACAAUGUAUAAAUUUGAAAUAAGUAUAAUCCAUCAGUGGCAGCAAUAUAGAGCUUCAAACAUCAAGAUUCCACAUGAUACGAUGCUAAAUGACUUUGAUUCAGGCAACACUGAUCUGAUACAGUACAAUACAGUGCAUUUCAUUUACAUAUAAACCCAUCUGUGCUGAGGUGAAUGAUUGAUUGAUUUUUGUCCUUUUCUCUAUAAUCUAUUUAUGAUUGAUUUAAAAGCUGUCACUUGAAGUCAAUAAAUGCUUCGGUGCAAAUCAUCAGAUCAUUACACCUGUACCAUUAUUCACGAUUCAGCCAGACUGGAAGAUUCACAUCACAAUAAACUUCCCAAAACUAA